AGGACUGACCAUUCUUAUGCUUUUUGUAGGGACUGGAACCUUUGGACGGGUUCUGUUGGUCAAAGACAAAAAGACGAGAGAAUAUCGUGCUUUGAAAGUGAUGAGCAUUCCCGAUGUAAUUCGCCUUAAGCAGGAGCAGCAUGUACACAAUGAGAAAAGCAUAUUAACAGAAAUCCAUCAUCCAUUUCUUAUAACACUGUACUGGACACAUCAUGAUGAAUGCUUUUUAUAUAUGUUAAUGGAAUAUGUGCCUGGAGGUGAACUGUUUUCUUACUUGCGUAACUUGGGACGUUUCAACAAUAGUUCUGGACUUUUUUACUCUGCAGAGAUUGUGUGUGCAAUGGAGUAUCUACAUGCCAAAGAUAUUGUUUACAGAGAUUUAAAACCAGAAAAUAUUUUACUGGACAGAGAUGGUCAUAUAAAACUUACAGAUUUUGGAUUUGCGAAGAAACUUGUUGACCGAACUUGGACUCUCUGUGGAACUCCAGAAUACCUUGCACCAGAAGUCAUCCAGAGUAAAGGUCAUGGAAGAGCUGUGGACUGGUGGGCAUUAGGCGUGCUGAUGUUUGAAAUGCUUUCAGGUUACCCCCCAUUUUUUGAUGACAAUCCCUUUGGAAUUUAUCAAAAGAUUCUUGCUGGAAAAUUGGAGUUCCCAAAACAUCUCGAUUUCUAUGUGAAAGACCUUAUAAAAAAGCUUUUGGUUAUAGACCGGACAAGACGAUUAGGAAAUAUGAAGAAUGGAGUAGAUGAUGUUAAGCGACACAGAUGGUUCAAAUAUGUAGACUGGGAAGCAGUACCGCUAAGAAAACUAAAGCCACCAAUUAUACCGAAACUCUCUCAUGAUGGGGAUACUUCAAAUUUCGAGACCUACCCGGAAAAUGAGUGGAAAAAAAUUCCUCCUGUGCCUCCCAAAGAUCUGGAAAUUUUCAAGACCUUUUGAUCAUGUUGCUGUACAAGCUAAAUUAUAGAUGAUGUCUUCUUCAUUGCUGAGGACUGAGUCGAAGUGUGACCAAGAUGAAUGUCCUUGGAAGAAGGAACAGGCAGCAAAUUGCACAUUUGUUUCUUCCACGUGGCCGCCCGUCUGGUGAUCUUGUACAAAUCAGCACAUUGAAAGGUUCCAGACGCAAACAUGGUUCCACUUCGAAACCCAUCAGUCUGAAAUGACUGAAAGGUGCAUACUGAAGAUUGGAAGUCUAAACUGGAUUUUUUUAAACAUAGAAUAUAAUAUAGAUUAUGUACAAAAUAAAUCUGAAUUCUUAUGGUAAUUAUUUUAUUGCAUGUCCAUAAUGACACCUGUUUUUAAUUGAAUUCUUGUAUUUCUUCUUAGAAAGUGACUGAUCCGGAUCCUACAUUAUUGUAAAGUUGCCUUGAUUUUAAAAAAAAAGCACAAGUACUUCCCUGCAAUGAUUUAUUUUUUAAAUAACUGUUUAUAUAGGUGUAAAGUUAGGGUCGUAUCAUUUUGUAAAUACAUAAAUCCAAAAGGAUGCACUAUGCAAAUAUAAUUGUCUUUAAGUUUUCAAUCAGGAUAUGGUUUUAAGAAUAUAUGUAUAUUGCUUUUGUUUAAAGGGAUCAUCCAAAAUACCAGCAUCUUGCCAUUUUUUUUUUGUCUGUGUUUGCUGUCAUACAGCAAAAUGUUCUGGAGUUAUCACUCAUCAAAGGAGCUCCCAUCUAUUAAUGUUUUCACACUCCACCAAUUGUAAAUUAUUUUCUCAUUCAAAAUCGGGUGUGCUAUUGCAGUGUUUAUGUACAGCUGCAAUGGCAAAGAAGCUUUCUGCUGCCUUGUGUUUCCUUCAGCGUUAAAUGGAAGGGUGGGUCGGUGAAAUAGAAAAUGAUUUGAAGGAUUUACUUCUAAAACUGCACAUUUUUCUCCUACAGAUGUACAACCUGUACAUUUUAUGCCCUUGGACAAUCUUUCUUGCAUGUAUACAACUUCAAACUUUAAAUACAGUCAUGUGAGGAUGAAUUAGGUUGAGGUGAGCAUGUGUUUUUGAACAUGUAUAGAUCAUAAAUCAGUAAGCCCCUCUGAAACAAGCAAAAUAUUUCUCGCACCAAUAUAUCAGGAUUCUUUUUUUUUGAAUGAGAAGAACCACUAAUAAGAAAUGUCUUUGCAAUUGUAUUGACAUGAUGUUUGAAUGUAUUGAACAGCUGGUUGAAUUAAAUGAAGGACACUCAGUGUGGCACUGAAUUGAGGACACAUCUGAUCAGUCUUGUUUGUUGGGCGGCACGGCAACGCAGUGGUAGAGCUACUGCCUUGCAGUGCCAGAGACCCUGGUCUGAUCCUGACUACGGGCACUUGUCUGAACAGAGUUUGUACGUUCUCUCCGUGACCUGCGUGGGUUUUCUCCGAGAUCUUUGGUUUGUAGGUUAAUUGGCUUGGUGUAAAUGUAAAUUGUGUGUUCAGCAUUUUGUUAACGUGCGGCAAUCUCUGGUCAGUGUCACUCGGUGCCUCUCGGUGCACUGUAUCUCUAAAACUAAAACUGCAAAACUAUAUAAUAUUCAAUUUCUCUGGCUUCCAAUGCCUGAAUAUUUUGCGUCGCUACCCCUUUAACAUCUCAAACAAGAAACAAACUGAGUCCGUUCCUCCACCUGUGCCAGUCCUUUAUUUUUGUUGAAGCAUGCUGACCUAAUAAAUCUAUUUGCCCAGCAGGUCAACAUGCUCCGUUUAAUGCCCUUCGAGUGGCCUAGCUCAGCAGAAAAAAAAAUGUAUGUGGAAUGCCUUAGCUGUGUCAUUCUGCAGCACGCCCAGUUGGUGCGCAUCACACUUGUUGCCUUAUUUUACUAAGAGUACCCUUUGGAUGUUUUCACUGCACAAUUGUCUCCCUCAGGAUCAAUGGCCAUUAAUCCCUCUCCUUUGAUAAGUGGCUUAUUUGCUGAAUUUUGUAGUCGUACUGCUGAAUGCAUUUUAUCCAGCUCUCUUGUCUUUUGAUGAAAUCGACUAAAUAUUUGCCGACAGGUGAGAAAAUAUGGAAAGAACUUCAAACUGAAAUUGUUACUUUUCAAAGACAAUUGAUUAAAUAUCGUGUACUGCACGAUUGCCAACCCUUAGUGUUGAAUAUUUUUCAGUAUUAAGGUUUUCCGCCGGUCUGCAUUUUUGCUGACUACCUUUUAACUGGUAUUUUCUUAAUAUUGCUGUAUAUAUGCACUGUCUAAUUUCUGUUGUAUGACAAAAUAACGUAGAUACCUGGUAGAUUUUAGCUACUGGAUACUGUGUAAAAUUUGUAAAGAGGCAACUCUACUGUUAACAGGGAUAUAUUGUACAAUAGGUUUACAGAUCUCCACAUUUUUAAUGAUGGUCGUGACAUUUAAUUGUCAAAGCACAGCCUAAUUAUCUGCAAAGAAAGGCAAAAAAACAUUAAACCUGCAUAGGAAAUGGAGGGUUUUUUCUUUGAUGAAAGACUGCUAAUAACCUCCUCUGAAUACACUGAUCUUUCAAGUUUUAAAUCACAAAAUGGAUUGCCACCCAGUUUAAAUAAUGUAGUGUUUACAAUGUAAUCUGUAUUGUACAAAUGCUUAUCAUUGGAAGCUAUCGUUCACCAUUGUGUUUGCACCAGUUUACAGAUAUAAAUGCAAAUCCAAUGGAUGGAUAGUAAUUGUAGCAGUGUGUUGACAAUGCUUCAUUCACUUUUAUAUUUAUUUUCCUCAGUCCAAAAGCUUCCCAUCAAAUCGGACACUUUAACAACCCACGGGUAAAGUAAAAAAAGUCCAUUCAGAAGCUUGGCUUGUGUAACCAUUGGAAAAUUAGACAGGGACCUGUUGAUGUGUGACUUGGUCACGUAGGUGUCGGGUGCUGCCAGUUAAUAUGACUGUUUCAAUCCCAUGGAGAUGGAUCAAAGUUGCAGCUUUUUGUACAAAUGGCUUCUCUUGAUUUUCCAUUGAGGUAAACAUGGCCAGCCUGCAGAGUUUUGUACGCCUUUUAAUCUAUUUUCAAUAACGUCCCCAUACACGAGUGGUUACAGUGUACACUUUAAUGCAGUCAUUUACAGGACAUUUUGAUCAUAAGAUGUGUGAUACAAACUUAGGGACUCCUCUACUCCAGUAUCAGUAACCUUGUAACUUAUUGUCCAUUGUCCAGUUGCUGGGCUGAUAAAGUGCACGAGCACUAGAAAAUACUAAAAAGCACUGGGCCACAGCCCAUUCAGUAUGAACAUCUAUUUUCAUAAGUUAUAGGAGCAGAGUUAGGCCAUUGGGCCUAUCAUCCACUCCGCCAUUCAAUCAUGGCUGAUCUAUCUCUCCCUCGCAACCCCAUUCUCCUGCCUUCUCCCCAUAGCCCUUAUUAAUCAACACUAACCCCCUAUACCUGCACUAAUCUAUGCUCCCUUCGUCUAUUGCGCCAGUUCCCCAUACCACUCAAGUCCUCAAUAUGUUGAAUGUCUCUGUCUCCACCUCAAAUAUCUAAUGAUCUGGCCUCAUCCAAUCUCAGGCAGAGAAUUCCAGAGAUUCGCCCCAUCAGUUUUUAAUGCCCUUUCACGUUUUAUCUUUUUUAUAUAAUUAUGCAUGACUCUCCAUUAGUAGAAACAUGCUCAGCAUCAAGGAUACUCCAAAGAUAUCAAGGAUCUUGACAGUACAAAGAUCCUUGAUAUCUUCGGACUAUCCUAGAUCGGACUUUACUGGCCUUACCUUGCACUAAAUGUUAUUCCCUUGUGUAUCUAUGCACUGUAAAUGGCUCGAUUGUAAUCACGCAGUGUCUUUCUGCUGACUGGCUAGCAAGCAACACAAGCUUUUCACUGUACCUAAGUACACGUGACAAUAAAUUAAACCCAAUGGCCCGUAUUCUACUAAUUGCAAAGUUAGACUUUCCUUAAACUCACCUUAAACCUGCUGCUCGAUCUAACUAAACCCGACACUCGGUUUAAGAAAAAUUUGGUAUUCUGGUAGCGAGGUUUAGUUCGACUAGAGUCUAAGGCGAGUCUAACUUUAGACUUUGGUUUUAGCUGAGUUUAAAGUUAGACCGCAUUUUAGUUGCCAUGGUGACGAUGUCUGCUUGUACUGCGCAUGUGCCAUGCAAUAGCAGAAGCUCGAGCAGACGACAACUUCAACAUGGCUGACAAAAAGAAACAGCGGAAAGGAAACUGGGACGCCAGCGAGAAAGACGUUACUAGCCGAUAAAAUGUCAAUUAUCGAGGAAAAAAAGGGGCAAUUUCCAGGCAACAAUUGAAAAGAACAAGGCAUGGGAUGCGAUUUAUUCUCAAUUCCAGUCUCGGUUUGGCAGCCGCAGAGAUCUUUGUGACCUUCGUGAGCAAUGAACGAGAAUGAAGUUGCAAGCGAAGGUAGAGUGGCCUUCUCACAAGAUGAGUGGAGGCCCACCGUCUCCCAACCCAUCACCCAUGUGUAUGCUUAUCAGGGAUCUGAUCCCCCACGAUGUCUUACAGAUCAGAAAUCCAUUCGAUGAUGAUGCGGACAGUUCACAGCAAAAUGAGGAGGCUGUGACAGUUUUGGAGUUCCUGGCCUGUGAAUCGAUACCUUUUCAAGAAUGCAUCAUCGUCGUACUUAAAAAAAGGAUUAGCGUAGUCAGCGACAUGGUUCUCCAGUCUCCCAGCUUGUAAGGCAAUCCUUUCAAUCUCAUCAAAUCAUUCUGCUCUCCGCAGUGCUUCCCGCUCGUCUGUGAUUUUUUUUCUCUCCGUAGCGAGCUUAAGCCUUCCUUAAACCUGCCCCUGGCUGAGUCUAAAUUUUGCGGCAAGUUAGACCCUAGUCUAAGGUCAGUCUAAGCUUUGGCGAUUAGUAGAAAGACAAUUUAGACUUUAGUCUAAAUAUCAGGGAUUUAAACCCGCCAUCGAGUCUAAAUUGCAGAGUUAAAACCUGCUGUUGGGUUUAAAAACAUUAGUAGAAUAUGUGCCUUUGGGUUUUAUGUUUUUGAAUAAGAUCUCCCCUCUUAAACUCCAAGUAGUUCAGGCACAAACAGUCCAGCCUCUGAUCCUUAGGCCACUCCAGUAAAUAACAGGAAUUAAUGUGGUGAAUCUCCUUCUCGAUUGGCUCCAAUGCUCCAGUAUCCUUUUAUUUUAGAUAAAGGGACCAAAACUGUUAAGAGAAGACUUUUAUAAUUCAAAACGCCACCUUAGUAGCAGGCUGAAUUCAUUUGAUGAACACUCUUUAUUUACCCCCCGUUAUAUCGUGUGAUAUCGUGCUAGACCACGACCACUUCACUCUGGUUACAUCUUGCGUCAAGUCGCCCCGUGAGAAAGCGCUUUAAAGUUUCCCCAAUCUAGCUCAACCUGCGAUUAUUACUCUGCAAACUGGCUCUGUUUCCAUCUGCACGGAAAUACAAACAUUGGGAGUUCUAAUACUCCCUUUUGGGGGUUGGCCAUUGGACCUGCCAAUUCAACCAUUCUAGCUGCUAGAGCCAAUGGCAGCUGGGGUCAAGUGACAGUACGUGUGAAUCUUUCAAGAAUUUAUUAACAAGCUGCAUGAAUUUAACCUCCAUUUUAGCAGAUGUGAUUUUCCUUUCGCUCUCUGGGUCCAGUCCACGUUCUGGAAGCUAGAUUCAAUCCCUUGUGAUCUGAGAUUAAUUUGAAUAGUACAAAUAUCCAAUUUAUCCUAGUUCUUCGUUGUCAGAUACUUGAAACGUUGUUGCUGACAUCAAAAACUUGAAGCAGUGUUUGAUAAAUCAGUGUUGGCUCAUUCUCCUGGAUUAUCACUUUAAACAACCAUCUAUAAUGUACACACUAAGGUCAGCAUUAUUCAGUGUGAGUUGAGUUGAUCACCACUAUUGUCUCUUUGAUCAGGUUUUUUGAAACCACUAAUUAUGUGAACCUUUUGUCAAUUUUUCUACAUUGUACAGUCAUUGAUGUAUUCUUUCAGCUGCUGCAGUACAGCUAAAAAGCUAUGCUUGUCUUCUGGAUUGUUAUUUUUGCAACACCUAAUAAACCAGCUUUCUUUA